CAAGGUCAAUGGCAUUUGAUUUUCUUAAUUUGAUGGAACAACGUGAUGUGUGCGCCCAGUGUUCUAAAACGCGCUAGGCGCUGGUGGGGUGCUAGCCCGGGGCUACCUAGGUGAGGGCUAGAAAAUAUGCCUGGGUAACUAUAGAUAAUGACUUAGAACACAUAGGAGUAUGCUACUUGUUGAGAAUGGCUUAGGGAAAGGUUUACCGAAAAUUUUAUUUUAUUUUUUUCAUUCUUUUCUGAAUACCAUUCUCUCUCUCUCCCCCUGGGUACUCGGACGCCCCCAUUUUCAACCUUCUCACUCUUUUUCUCUCUCUCAAACCCGCUCUACCGAUUGCAUUGCAGCCCCCUGCCAACGUCGAUUGCACCGCUGUCGCCCCCGCCAACGUUGCUUGGACCGCAGUCAUCCCCACCCGGUUGGCUACAGAAACCUGUCGACGCGAGAGAGAAAUUGAAGAGAUGAUUAGCAGUGGCGGUGAUGAGAGAGAGAAAUUGGGGCCAAGGGAAAAUACUGAACACAAAUCCAAACACACAAAUCGGGGCCAAGAGAGAAAUCGAGGCCAAGAGAGAAAUCGAGGCCAAGGGAAGUUUUUAAGUCUUCGAAAAUUAGACGACCGAGGCUCCUAGGCACUGCCUAGGCGUCGAUUGGGCCGGCACCUAGGGUGCCGAUUUGCCUAUAUUCGCAACGGCCAAGGGCCGCCUAACGCCUCUACGGUGCCGCCUUUUAGAAUACUGUGUGCGCCAAUCAUCAGACCUACUUAUGGCUCUUGGAAGGAUGCCUCAAGUCUAGGCCUUUCAUUGAAGUUAAGAAACUUCAUGCUAGGAUCCUCAAGUCUGGCUUCGAUGGGGAUUGUGUUAUUAGCAGCCGACUCAUCAAUGGCUAUGCCACUUUUAGUAACAUAGAUGAUGCAGUACAGGUUUUUGUUAAUAUAUCUGACAGAAGUACAUCUACCUGGAAUGUAUUAAUGUCUGAAUUUUCUGGAAAGGAGCUGAAUGGUGAGGUGUUGGAGCUAUUCUCACGACUGCUAAGAGAAAAUGCUAUUCCAGAUGAAACCACGUUUCGACAUGUUCUAAGGGCUUGCCUUGGUUAUCAAGUUACCUUCUGGUAUGUGGAACAAAUUCAUGCUAAGAUUAUUUGACUUGGUUUUGCUACAAGUCCCCUUGUUUGCAAUCCUUUGAUUGAUUUGUACUCAAAAGAGUGGGUUUGUGAAUUCUGCUAAAAUGGUCUUUGAAAAAUUAUCUUUGAGGGACAAUGUUUCUUGGCUUGCUAUGAUAUCCGGUUUAUCUCAAAAUGGACAUGAAGAAGAAGCAAUCAUCUUAUUCCAUGAGAUGUACAGGUCUGGAAUAGUUCGUACUCCAUAUAUUUUUUCAAGUGUUGUAAGUGCUUGUAGCAAAAUACAGUUACUUGACAUGGGAAAGCAGCUUCAUACCCUUAUAUUUAAAUGGGCAUUUGAAUCUGAAACUUUUGCAUGUAAUGCACUUGUCACGUUGUAUUCCCAUUGUCAUGACUUUGUAUCUACUGAACAAGUUUUCAGCAACAUGCAAUGCAGGGAUGAAGUUUCAUAUAAUUCGCUCAUCUCAGGGCUUGCUCAGCGUGGAUUUAGUGAGAAAGCUCUUCAAUUGUUUGAGAAAAUGCAGCUUGAUUGUUUGAAACCUGAUAGUGUUACAUUAGCGAGCCUUGUGAGUGCCUGUGCAUCAGUGCAGGCACAUUUUAAGGGAAACCAGCUCCACUCUGCAAUAAAGGGUGGAAUCUCUUUUGAUAUCAUUAUUGAAGGAUCUCUUCUUGACCUUUAUGUAAAAUGUUUUGAUGUUGAAACUGUGCGUGAAUUCUUCCUUACAACUCAAAAGGUAAACAUCGUUCUAUGGAAUGUGAUGUUAGUGGCUUAUGGGCAAAUAAGUUAUCUGAGAGAGUCAUUUAAGAUAUUCUCAGAGAUGCAGAUUGAAGGCUUGACACCUAAUCAAUACACCUAUCCCAGUAUAUUGAGAACCUGCACGUUUGUGGGAGCUCUGUAUCUAGGGGAGCAGAUCCAUGGUCAAGUCAUAAAGAUUGGAUUUCAGCCAAAUGUUUAUGUUUGUAGUGUGCUUAUAGAUAUGUAUGCCAAGCAUGGAAAACUGGAUACUGCUCACAAAAUUCUCAGACGACUCAAUGAGAAAGAUGUUGUCUCCUGGACAGCUAUGAUUGCUGGAUAUGCCCAGCAUGAUCUGUUUGUUGAAGCCCUAACACUUUUUGAGGAAAUGCAAGACAAAGGGAUCCAUUCAGACAAUAUAGGAUUUUCAAGUGCCAUAAGUGCAUGUGUUGGAAUCCAAGCACUCAAUCAAGGACAACAAAUUCAUGCCCAAACAAUUAUCUCAGGUUACAAUAUGGAUCUUUCAAUUGGAAAUGCGCUUGUUUGUCUCUAUGCUAGAUGUGGUAGAAUUGAAGAUGCCUACUUAGCAUUUGAUAAAAUUGGUGCUAACUAUAAUAUUUCUUGGAAUGGGUUGAUAUCACGCUUUGCGCAGAGUGGUCACUGUGAGGAAGCACUUAAAGUAUUCUCUCAAAUGAAUUAUGUGGGAGUUGAACCCAAUAUGUUUACCUUUGGUUCUGCAGUUAGUGCUGGGGCUCAUACGACUAAUGUAAAACAAGGGAAGCAGAAUCACGCUAUGAUUAUAAAGAUGGGAUAUGAUAUAGAAAUUGAGGCAUCCAAUGUUUUAAUCACAUUGUAUGCUAAGUGUGGGAGUCUUGAUGAUGCCAAGAGAGAGUUUCUUGAAAUGCCUGUAAAAAAUGUAGUUUCUUGGAAUGCCACGAUCACAAGAUAUUCUCAACAUGGAUGUGGUGUGGAAGCAAUACAACUAGUUGAGGAAAUGAAAGGGCUUGGCAUGAUGCUGAACCAUGUCACCUUUAUUGGUGUUCUAUCAGCCUGUAGUGAUGUGGGCUUAGUAGACAAGGGACUCAGCUACUUUAACUCCAUGACUGAAGAACAUGGCCUAGAACCAAAAAUAGAACAUUAUGUUUGUGUGGUAGAUAUUCUUGGACGAGCUGGCUUUCUUCCCCGGGCUAGAGAAUUCAUAGAGGAUAAUGCCAUGAUUUGGAGGACCCUCUUAAGUGCUUGCACGGUGCAUAAGAGUAUGGAAAUUGGACAAUUAGCUGCUUGUCAUUUUUUGGAGCUUGAACCUAAAGAUUCAACAACUUGUGUUAUGCUAUCAAAUAUGUAUGCAGUUGCAAGGAAAUGGGAUUGUAGGGAUCAGGCUAGACAAAUGAUGAAAGUUAGAGGAGUAACGAUUGUAGGGAUCGUGUGUCUACUUCUCGUUCCCAUUCGAUUAGUGAUGUAGAAAUGGUAAUAGCAAAUCGGUUCUAUACACUAUUAGAGGCAGAUAUGGAUAUUCUUUCUCUUGAGGAAUUGCUAAUUUAGGUGGAGAGAGGGGUCUUAGAGGAGGCAAGUAUGGCGAUUGAUGACAGGGGUAAGCGGGAUCAUGUUGAGGAAGAUGAUGAUUCGUUUGAAAGGGCAGGUAGUUCGAGAUCUGAUUUUGUUCCAGUCAAAUCAAAGCCUCAGAAGAAGAAGGAGAUGAAUGCUAAAGCAAGAGCUAUGCAGGGAUCUGAUAUAGGCGGCCCUGUGCUGACGGUCCCAGCAUGAGUCAAUCCGUAG